CCAGGCCCCAGCAAUGACUUCUUUAGUCCACCAACUAAAGUGCCUUUCAUUGCCACAGACUGACCCCAGCUUGAGUCACCGUCAACAAGUUGCUUCUCUGUUGUUUGAAGCCAAAGAAGCUGCUCUCAUUGACAGAGGCACCUUUUUUGCUAUUGGAUGUACAGGUCUUGAUGAGCUAAUGGGAAUUGACUCCUCCUUUAAAGCUUUUGAGGAAACUCUGUUUAGUAGUACUUCGAAAAAUCUGGAGCGUAGUGUCCAAACCAAAGCCGUUAAUCAGCAGUUGGAUGAAAACAUUUCCUUGUUUCUCAUACAUCUAUCGCCAUACUUUAUGCUCAAACCAGCCCAGAAGUGCCUAGAGUGGCUCAUCCACAGGUUCCAUAUACACCUUUACAAUCAAGACAGUCUGAUAGGGUGUGCUCUGCCCUAUCAUGAAACCAAAGUGUUCGUACGGGUAAUUCAGCUUUUCAAGAUCUCAAGCCCAACUCAUAAAUGGCACUGGCUGCAUUCAAUCCAGAAACCAGGUGUCCCGCUGGCCAGAAGUACUCUAAUCACACAUUGUUACACAGACAUGGGCUUUGUGGAGUUCAUCUGCAGUUUGGUUACAAAAUCUGUUAAGGCGUUUUCAAACCAUGCUGGGAGCACAGCCAAACUGAGAAUCUUGAUGUCUUUUUAUGUCUCCAGUAUAGUGGCUGCUUUGGAUUGUGCUGAUAACAUUUCUGACAUGCUGGUUGCUAAACUUCUUCCUUAUGUACAAAAGGGGUUAAAGACUUCCCUCGUGGAAUACAAAUCUUCCACAUUCAUUAUAAUAUGCCAGUUGGCAACAAAAUCAAUUGUAGAAUCAUCUGUGUUGAAAGCCUUGACAUCACAGGUCAGCAGAACACUUCUCAAAACGUCAUCUCUCCUCCGAGAAGGUGUGGGAUGUCUAAUUAUACUUCUGCAGAAUCAACAGUCAUCAAAUGUGGGAAACAAACCAUUUAUUCAUCUCUGCAAAGUGCCUGACCUGGUCAGUAUUCUGAAGGAAAUUUCCAGCUUAUAUGACAUAUCCUCAUUUUUAGAAUACCUUCUUCUGAAUUUGGUUUCUGCCAUCUUUAACUCAUCAUCAGGGGAAAAUGCUGAUGUGGCAGAUCCUGUUGUGUGUAAAGCUAUUCUUGAAGCAAUACUUCACAAUAUUAUCCUGGAAAAAGACCUCUCUAUAAUGUUAGCUCGGACUUUUCUGGACGAAUUCAUUUCAUUUGGCGAACACGAUCGUGAGGACGCUAACAAAAUGGCGGAUUUGGGGAAACGUAUCCUGCCUCUUAUAAGGCUUUUAGAAACCAAAUACCCCCAAGCUUUGGAUUUUGUGUUGGAGAAACAGCUGCGGAUUGGGAUGGUUCAGGAAGAACAAGGCUUAUUCCAUCAGUUCAUUGCACUCUCCACCAGUGGAGGGAAACAUGAGCUACUGGCAGAUUGUAAUACAUCACUCCUGCUCAGCCUGAACCAUCCACAGCCAGCGGUGAGACAACUUGCUGUCCUGCACCUUAAGAACAUUAUUGAGACUUCAAAGCCUGGUUUUGAUGAAUCUUUUCUUAUGGAAGCUAUCCUAGCUCGUCUCAUGGAUGACAAUCUUGAGGUGCUUUUGUCCGCUUUGAAUUCUUUGAAGAUCUACUACAAUCAUUUCUCAACCGAAGAUUUGGUUUCAAAUCUUCUUAUCUUAUUUUAUCGAGCAGAUCUAUCUAAGGAUGUUGGCUGGUGCAAAGUUCUUGAAGAAGCUGCAAACCUUAUAAUCCUGAACAAAUCAAUUGUAGACCAUCCACAGCUGUGCAACAAAGUGAUGAUGACAGUUUUGCCUUACAUGCUAUUCACAAGCAGAGAUUUUAAUUCGGCUGAGCACAAUAUGGCUUUAAACUUGGGAAGAAGCUGUUUAUGUAGCUUGCAUCCAUUGCUGAAUGGCUGGAGAAAAGCACUGGAUGAUGGCUUACAGAAGGCUAAAUCUGAAAGCUCUUUUAGUGUAAUAAAUAUGAAGUUAGCUCACCUAUUAUCAAGUAACAUGACUGGAAUGGAUUUUUCCUCCCUUUUAAUUAUGGUGGAGGAUCUGGUGCAAAUUGUGGAAAAGAAUGCGGUCACUGUAAGGCAGAAAGUAACUUUUUACAUGCUCAGUCAUGCCCUAGUAGAGGGAUAUCCGAGAUGCCAGGAUCCUGGGCUUCAGAUUGCAAAAAUAAUCUUUGAACUGCUUGAUAAGAAACUGAGAAAACUGGAGGUUUUCACCCAGAUUGCUGAAGACAAGUGUCUGCUAGAUUACACCAGUGGAGAGCAGUUGCAUGAACUGAUGCUGACCAAAUAUAUUGAUGAGCUAAAUGCUGAACACAGUCCAGAAAUGGAGGAAACUGUUUUGCUGAUGUUGAGGCUAAAGAUUUUCAUCCAAAGUUUAAGAUGUCCAGCAUCUUUUCCAAUUGGUGGUUUAUGGUGGAACCCUGAGACAUUUGACAGUGUGAGCCGUAACUACGUGCAAGUUCUUGUUGGUCUUUUUGAUCUGAUUGUACGUGAGGCAACUGAUGGAAAGCAUGCUGUCAGCUUUAGAACUCUCCUAGUGCUUUUAUUUAAGGAACACUUGAAGGAUCCAGCUGAACGAUUUGGCUUCCUUUCACUGUUAUGGACAUAUUGCUACAACCUCACGUGGUCUCUAGGUUGCACGGUGAAUGCAGUCCUACAAACUCAAGCACUUUACAUUGGUCGGAGCUUACUUGCUUAUGAGGCUACAGAAAAGGAAAAACAUGUUAAGCUGAUCUCCUCUCCAGUGUUGGCAUCCUUGCUGAUCAAUUUGACUAGUCCAGUGAAAGAGGUACGCAAAGGUGCCAUUGCCUGUUUAAAUGUACUUAGGAUGGUAAAGGAUUCUCCACUGUCCCCAGUCAUACAGGCUGUGAUGGAAAGAACUGAAGAGAUUGUUGCAGACUCUGCCUAUGUAUCACAGAUUCUAGGUAACCUUUUUAAGAAUUUGCAUACGUCAUGCUCUUCUAAGGCUGCACUUAAACUCUCAGAUGCUUUAGAUCAACUCUUGAAUCUGCUUCAAACAAGCAGCUGCCCGUCAUAUGUUGGCAAAGUCUUGCUCAUGGUCCUACGUGAUGUAAAUGGUGAGGCUGUUCUCAUUCGACUUUUGCCAGUUUUGGAGAGAUUAUUGGAGAAAGUUACACAUGCUCCCAUUCAGGAUCGUAUGGACCAGAUACUUUUGCUUCAGCUCAUCCUGGGAAAAUUUAAUAAGAAUUCUGCUGCCCUCUUGUCCAAGAACCAACAGUGUCUAGAUAUUUUUGUGAAAGUUUUGAAGACUCCUCAGAUCAUUCACGUUGGGAUACCCUCCUGCCAAAUUGUUGCACUGGGACAAAUUAAUAAAGUUUUCUAUGAUGCUAUAGAUGAUGGAUGUGUUCAGCAGAAGCUGCUUGGUGUCAUGUUUGACUUACUUGUAGACAGUGAAAACACUGCAUGUUCCCAAGCUGUAACCUGUGCUUUUAAAUCAAUCUCUAUAAAUGCUGGACAUAUCAGUGAAGAACUUGAACCUCCUGGAAGAGACAAAUGCAUGUCAACUGUGCGCCAAACAAGGAGUAAAAUGCAGACUCUUCAAAAACAGACUCGACGUUGAGAACAGGGCUCUAUUGGCACACAGGAAGAAGAAAAUGUGAACUGGCCCAGAACCACUAUUGUUCUGGAGCUGUUGCAGCACAAGAAGAAACUAAAGGAACCACAGCUAUUGGUACCCACCCUCUUUUACUUGCUCUCGAGGUGUCUUGAGUCUUCAAAUCUUAAGCAGGAAAACUUUGAGUACAUCAAACAAUUGAUCCUCAGCUGCCUGCACAACAUCUGUCAAAAAAUGUUAUCUGAUAAUAAGACAAAUGCAAAAGAUGUCCUGGAUGAGGAAAAGUUUAGUGUGGAGCUGAUUGUCCAGUGUGUAAGGACCUCUGAGAUGCCCCAAACCCAUCAUCAUGCUUUACUUCUCUUGGGAACUGCUGCUGGAAUCUUCCCAGAUAAAGUACUACACAACAUCAUGCCCAUCUUCACCUUCAUGGGUGCCAGCGUCAUGCGUUUAGAUGACAGCUACAGUUUACAAGUUAUCAGUAAGACUGUGCAGAUUGUGAUCCCCUCACUUAUACAGGCAGGAGAGGAAUCAUCUAAGGAGACCAGUGAUGAUGUGGAAAAAGUGGUUGAGAAGAUUAUACAUGUAUUUGUAGAUGCCCUGCCUCAUGUCCCGGAACACAGACGUUUGCCCAUUCUGUCACAGCUUCUGGAAAUUGUAGGAGCCGGGCGCUUUCUCUGGGUACUAUUGGUUCUUUUUUUUGAACAGCACGUGUCCAAGACAAUGGAAAUAAAUGGAGAAAAGGAUGCUAUGUUGGAGCGAGAUACUGAUUUUUGGAUAACAGUCUGCUGUGAAUUUACUGUCUAUGAUCAACUAGAGAGCAUGAUAAAACUCCUGAAAUUUCUUGCCAAGCUACCAGAAAAUAAUAAUGAAGAUUUGCCUCAACAGAUGAAAGGAAAGGCACUUAAGCGCAAACCCCAGAAGCAAGAAUUUGAGUUCUUCAGUUUGGAAACUCAUCAAGCUAAGCAGUUACGCCACUUAAGGUUCCUGUCUGUAACCUUUACCUCACAACUCUUGGCUUCCCAUGGCUUUGUCAGCAAGGUUCUAAAAUGUGAAGCCGCUGAAGAGUUACAAAGCCUGGAACGAAGGUUAUUGGAAGAAGUCCUUUGCUAUAUCAACUUAGUAGUGAGUUCCCUGGAAGCAAAUGCAGACAAACCUACAGUAAAGUUCUGGCGAGCACUUCUUAACAGAACUUGUGAGCUGCUAGACAAGGUUAAUGCUUUACUGCCUACAGAAAUGUUUAUCCCAGUAUUACGUGGUCUCCUGACUAAUCAGCUGCCAUCUGUGAGGCGUAAAGCAUUGGAUAUACUAAACAACAAAUUACAACACCAAGCACAAUGGCAGGAAGAUCAGAUUGAGUUACUAUUGGGACUUGUUAAGGACCUCCUGUGUGUUGCACAACGGAAAUUUAACAUUGAAGAGGAAGAACAAGCAAUCAACAGACAAACUGCUUUAUACAGUUUAAAGCUGCUUUGCAAGUGCUUUGGUUCUCAGAGGCAACAUGUGUUUGUGCCUGUACUUAAUGUGGCUGUAGACAUUAUUGUGGAGGGACCGAAGGAGAAGAACGUAUUGGGCAGUGCUAUGCUGUGCAUUGCAGAAAUUACCAGCACAGUCAAGGCCCUGGCUAUUCCUCAGCUUCCCAGACUGAUGCCUGCUCUCCUCACAACUUUGAAACAAAGGAAGGAACUGCUUGAAAGUGAGAUUCACCUGCUCAGCACAUUGACAGCUCUGCAAAAGGUUUUAGAGAUACUCCCACAUUUCAUCAGCCCCUACUUAUACGAGUCAUUGCUACAGGUUACACUGCUUGAUAAUAUAGCAAUUAAAGUUGGACCCACUUCUCAGAUUUCUGUAAGAGUUACAGCUCUGAAAACAACAUUGUCAACCAAGCUGACAGCCAGAGUUCUCCUCCCAGCAAUCUCCAAAUGUUACUGCCAUCUUGUGGAGACAAAGCAGCAACAAUGCAUUUCCUCCCUUAUGGAUGUCUUGAGGGAACACAUAGCUACAACAGAGAAGUUGCAGCUCUCAACUCACCAGUCUGAAUUUACCAGUUUAUUUCUCAAGGCCUUGGAUUAUAGAGUGGAGCAUUCUGCGCUUGAUCUAAAAGAAGUAGGUAUCAUUGAAGGGGAUAUCAUCAACUGUCUGGUCAUUAUGGUCAUGAAACUUUCAGAGGCAACAUUCAGGCCACUUUUCUUCAAGCUGUUUGACUGGUCUAGAACAGAAGGCGCCUCAAAAGAAAGGCUCAUCACCUUCUACCGUCUGGCGGAUUGCAUCGCUGACAAAUUGAAGGGGCUUUUCACAUUGUUUGCUGGACAUCUCCUCAAGCCAUUAGCGGAUAUUUUAAAUUGGACAAACACCAUGAAAACAGAUGAGGCAUUCUUUGAAUCUGAUGAUAACUGUGAAAAAAGUUGCCUGCUACUGGAAUUUGUUCUCAACUGCCUGCAUAAAAUCUUCCUGUAUGACACUAAGCACUUUCUCAGCAAGGAAAGAGCCGAUACACUGAUGAUGCCCUUACUGGAUCAGAUUGAAAACUUGCUUGGUGGAGAUGAGAAAUUUCAGUCAAGAGUGAACAAAAGCUUGGUCCCCUGCAUUGCUCAGUUUUCUGUUGCCAUGGCUGAUGACUGUCUAUGGAAACCACUUAACUAUCAGAUUCUGUUAAAGAUGCGACACUCUUCUCCAAAGGUUCGCUUUGCUGCACUGCUUGUAUUGGUUGAUUUGGUAGAGAAAUUAAGAGAGAACUAUUUAGCACUGCUCCCAGAAUCCAUUCCUUUCCUGGCAGAACUCAUGGAGGAUGAGUGUGUGGAUGUAGAACAGCAGUGCCAGAAGACCAUCAAGCAACUAGAGAGCAUUCUUGGAGAAUCGUUGCAGAGCUAUUUCUGAUAGAUUGCGCUGCCUUCCAUCAAAAUAUGA